AUGGCAUCAACAGUGGUAGAGACACAAGCUUCACAAGCUACUCCUACCACUAUCAAUCUCUCCGCUUUUCCUGAUGGACUGAAGACUUCAGGCCAACACCCACCCGUUUAUUCAAGAGUUCGGCCCUACAGCGACUUUCCAAAGGUUCACGGGGGCCCUAGUCUAUGGAAGGCUGAGGACUAUCGUGAAAAUCCGGAGCUUUGGACCCAUCACUUCACCAAUGAGGAGAUUGAAGAGCUUGGGGCCGUGACAGACGAUUUCAUCAAGAAAGACUUGCCGUUGACGGGUAUUUCCAAGGCAAAAUUCCCGCUCCCUAAGCUCUCAAGACGACUUGAAGAUUUGCGGAAAGAUUUGAUCGAUGGCAAAGGCUUUUUCCUAUUCAAAGGAAUUCCAGUUCGCGAGUGGGAUCUUCGUAAAUGUGCAACGGCCUACAUGGGUCUCGGAACCUAUUUGGGAUACUUCACCAGCCAGAAUGGCCGUGGACAUGUGCUAGGCCACGUCAAGGAUCUCGGAGAAGAUCCAACGAAAACCGAUAGAGUCCGCAUUUAUCGUACCAAUGCCCGCCAAUAUUUCCACACAGACGGUUCCGACAUCGUUGGCCUUCUUUGCAUAGCCAAAUCUCUUUCUGGAGGAGAAUCCGAUAUUGUGUCUACACACCACGUAUUCAAUAUUCUCCAGGAAAGACACCCGGACGUUGUUGAAACUCUGGUCCAACCCAACUGGUAUUUUGACCGCAAAGGUGAGGUCUCGGAUGGCCAAGAACCUUGGAUUCGCGGCAGCAUUUUUUACCUUGAGAACGAGCGUGCGGGUGACAACCCUCGCGUCUAUGCCAGAUUUGACCCGAUGAAUGUCACUUCUCUGUCACGCUUCAACUCGGGACCAGACGCUAAGAUUCCCCCUCUCUCCGAAAAGCAGAAGUAUGCGAUGGAAAUCUUCGAGAAGACUUGUGGCGAACUUGCUCUACACAUGAUCCUCGCCCCUGGUGAUAUCCAAUUCGUUAGCAACUCGCACGUGUUCCACGCGCGGACGGCCUACACUGAUCAUCCCCCCAGUGCGGUCGACGAAGAUGGGCUGCCCGCCCGGCGACGACACCUGAUGCGACUUUGGCUGUCUGCGCCCGAGUCCGAAGGUGGUUGGAAACUUCCGUAUCAUGACACACUUGAGAAGAAGCGCGGCGGUAUUCAAGUCAAUGAUCAACCCCCAGUUUGUCCUUUGGAUGCGGAGUAA